UUGUAGGAAAUCCACCCGCGGCUCCUUAUUGACAGAUUACUCUAAUCUGAGGAGGAGGACACGCUGUCAACACCCGCUCGCCGUUUUGGGGGAAACACUUUGUUUAUACGCGCGCUGCACAAGAUGUGGUUUUAUUUUCCACAUAGAAGAUGAAGAGUCGGGUGCAUUUUUUUUGUCUUUAUGGCCUCAGUUUGUCCGCCCACUUGUCACACAGAACAAUGUGAGCUGGCUAACUAGCCGGACAAACCUCAGUCGGAUUAAACUACCAACGCCAGCUAAUAUCUGAUAUUAUUAGCUGCAGGUAAACGUUAUUAUUCGCUCUUUUUUUUCUUUUAAAUCCCCGCUAACGUUCACAUUUCGCCUUUAUUCAGCAUUAAUGUUGCUGAAAGGAAGCUAGCACGGACACAAAGAGCUGGCGUUCCUGGGCUAGAUUUUUAUUUAUUUUUAUUUUAUUUUAUUUUUAAACCCUUUUUAGUUGACCUGACAUUUAUUAUUUAUAUUUUAAAAGCGAGAGUCAAGCCUAUAUGUGCGACUUUAUGUCCGGCUAGCUGGGGAGAGAACGCCACGAUAUUUCAGCCGCAACGCGCAAGAAAGCAAGAUGUCAGGGAAGGAUAAAGAUAAAGAUAAAGCCGACAAACAGUCCACGACGGAGCGUCUUGUUAAAGCUGUGCCAUACCCCCCACAACAUAAACUGACAAUAAAAGAGCUAUUCGAGGAUGGCAAGCCCAAUGCAGAGCUGCUCCGUAACCACCUCGUGAAGGAGGGCAGGGUGGAAGAAGAUGUGGCUUUAAAGAUCAUCAAUGAUGGCGCCAAUAUCCUUCGCCAAGAGAAGUGCAUGCUGGAAGUGGAGGCGCCUAUCACAGUGUGUGGAGACGUCCAUGGCCAAUUCUUUGACCUCAUGAAGUUGUUUGAAGUGGGGGGAUCACCCAGCAACACACGGUAUCUCUUCCUCGGAGACUACGUAGAUCGAGGAUACUUCAGCAUUGAGUGCGUUCUCUACCUCUGGUCGCUCAAGAUCAACCACCCCACCACACUCUUCCUCCUGCGAGGGAACCAUGAGUGCCGGCACCUCACAGAGUACUUCACCUUCAAACAGGAAUGUAAAAUUAAGUACUCAGAAAGGGUCUAUGAUGCCUGUAUGGAGGCUUUUGACUGCCUGCCCCUUGCUGCCCUGCUUAACCAACAGUUCUUGUGUGUCCACGGUGGGCUCUCACCAGAAAUCAACUGCCUUGAUGACAUAAGGAAAUUAGAUAGAUUUAAGGAGCCUCCAGCGUUCGGACCAAUGUGUGAUCUGAUUUGGGCCGACCCCGGUGAAGACUACGGCAGUGAAAAGACAAGCGAACACUUCAACCAUAACUCUGUCAGAGGAUGCUCCUACUUUUUCAGUUACUCAGCUGUCUGUGACUUUUUGGUAAAUAAUAACUUGUUGUCAGUAAUUAGAGCCCAUGAAGCACAAGAUGCAGGAUAUCGGAUGUACAGAAAAAGUCAAACUACUGGCUUCCCUUCAUUAAUCACAAUCUUUUCAGCUCCAAAUUACCUUGAUGUUUACAACAACAAAGCUGCUGUAUUAAAAUACGAAAACAACGUGAUGAAUAUCAGACAGUUCAACUGUUCCCCCCACCCUUACUGGUUGCCCAAUUUUAUGGACGUCUUCACAUGGUCUUUGCCUUUUGUCGGGGAGAAAGUGACAGAGAUGUUGGUGAAUGUGCUCAACAUUUGCUCGGACGAUGAGCUCAUGUCAGAAGGAGACGAUCUCUAUGAAGGUGGCACCACAGCAAUGCGUAAGGAGGUCAUCCGCAACAAGAUCCGUGCAGUGGGGAAAAUGGCUCGGGUCUUCUCAGUACUCAGGGAGGAGAGUGAGAGUGUAUUAACUCUUAAAGGCCUGACUCCGACCGGAACGCUUCCCGUGGGAGUGCUGUCAGGUGGCAAGCAGACCUUACAAACCGCUACCCUUGAGGCAGCUAAAGCAAAAGCCAUCCAAGGCUUCUCUCCCACGCGGAAAAUUCGCAAUUUCGAGGAGGCCCGCGGCCUGGACAGGAUCAACGAGCGCAUGCCGCCUCGCAAAGAUGCCCAGCAACCUGACGGCACCAUCAACACCAGUGCACCCAACAACAACGGCACUGAUGGAUAAAUCACCAGAAAAAAAAUCACAUUUUAGUCAUCUUAACACAUCCUCCCCCACCUCCUGCCUGCACACCCUGGCCGGCAACAGGAAACAUCGCCGGGGGAAAAAGAAACACUGUAUUUAUUAAAAGCAUACAUUAGAUAUUUUGUGUCAUAGCAUCCAAUGAUGGAAUGAAGACAUUUUGCAGUGUAAACGUACGUUCACAUCCAGGCUUACGUCACAUCAGGUACAGUAUGUACAGUAGUACUCCCCCUCUUUUGGAUCUUCUGGCCUUUUCUUGCUUUUAAAUCAAUGAAAUCACGCUCAUUUGAACGGAGCUUUUUUGACAAGAAAUGUUCCUGUCUUUUAGGCCCCAUUCCUGGUCUGAUCUCGCGUGACUAGAAGAGGCGGGUUAAUCAUUUUUGCGAUGCGGCCUGCUGAAAAUGACUGAAAGCGAGCGCCACGCUUGGAAUGGCCACAAAAGUACAUUUGAAGAUAUUCAACGCUUUACUGAUUCGUCACGUUUCAGGAGUCAGGUAAACCACGACGAAUGGGGCCAAAUGACUCCUCUUUAAUAUAUAUACAGUAUAUAUAUAAAUAUAUUAUUACAUAUUUAUAAGUAUUCACCCCCUGAAAGUCAUAUUUACAACCGAUCAAACUGUUAAGUUGCAAUGUGGGCUUCGUUUCUUCAACUCGCAGCCCUCAGGUCCACAUUUUAUGGCCCUUUACCUAACUUCAUAGUGUAGUGCAGUGUUUUUCAACCACUUAAGUGAGGCUGAUGUAUGAAAAAACAAAAACGUUCCACCUAAAAUGUAGUGUUAGCGGCUUUUAUACCAGUGCGGUUUAUAGUCCGGAAUAUAUAUUAAUUUGGCUUUUUGGAUAAGAAGCGCCAAAGUGAAAACGCAGAUAUAUACUUGUAUGUUGUGAAAUUAAAUAUUUACAUCGAAAGACUUUGUAAAUCCCUAUUUACAAACCUUCAUUGUUUCCAAAGGUUGCCUGUAACAGGGCAGUAAAACGGCUGAUUAUACAAAACAGAAAAGGCAUUAAUGUCUUUAUUCAUCAUUUUUGAGAUGAAUGCAAUGUUCUUCUUUUUUAAAAAGGUUCAAGAUGUUUGUCAGUGUACAAAAGACUUCUUUUCUCUUUGUGUCAUUGGGUUGCUUGAGUGUAGGUCACUUUUACGACACUGGGUGGGUCACUGAACGCAUCAUUACAUCAGUAAGCUCUGAAAGUUACAGUGUACUUCGACAUCAAUUGUUAAUUGGCAAUGUGCGUCAAAGCAAAGUGAGUUACUUUUAUAUACACUUAAAUAUCACUUGAUGUGGGCUUAAAACUGUAGUGCAACUCAUUUUGUCCGUUUUAUUGUAGUAUAAUGGCUGUUUGGCGUCAGGUUCACAAGCUAACUGCUCGCUGAAUAUCAUACCCUGAUUGGGGCCUGUUUGUUAGCCCCAAUUAAACAAUUAACUUUCAGAGCUUAAUGAUAUAAUGAUGCGUUCAAAGCCCCCUCCUGUUUCGUAAAAGUUAACUACACUCAAGCAACCCAAUGACAAAGAGAAAAGAAGCGUUACAGAGACAGUCGGUAAACAUCUUGAAUUUUCUUAAAAGAGGAGAAUAUUUUAUUCAUCUCAAAAACGAUUAAUGCCUUUUCUGUUUUGUAUAACCAGCCGUUUUACUGCCCUGUUACAGGCAACCUUUGGAAACAAUGAAGGUUUGUAAAUAGGGAUUUACAAAGUCUUUCGAUGUAAAUAUUUAAUUCCACAACAUAUCUGCUUCUUAGGUUAGGCUGAUGUAUGAAUAUUUUUUUCAGGGUUCUUCUUCCUCGUACCAUGUAAACACUUGGGAGUUUGAACAGUUUCUUAAAGUGGAUCAUUUUAGUACUUUAUUGGAUAUCUUUGCUUAAUCCAUCAUUUAAUACAGGGGUCUCAGACACGAGACGUUAUUUUGCGGCCCAGACUUAAAUAUGAAAGUUUAAUGUUAGUGCGGCCUGCGAGUUUUAUAUGAAUAGCGCUUGACAGCGUUUUAUUUGGGGCCAAAAUGGCUCUUUCAACGUUUUGGGUUGCCUACCCUUGCAUUAGUGGAAAAGCGGCAAAUGAGUGAAAGCGACAGCAACGUAGCCAUGGAGACGAGGGUUUUCUUACCUGUCCGUCAGUAAUAACAGUCCCUGAUAAUCUAAAAAAAUGUUUUAAGAAAUCUUUUCUUGCGGCCCAGCCUCUGAAUCCAGUGGCCCCCUGGUGAAUUGAGUUUGAGACCCCUGAUUUAAUAGAAUUAAUAAUGUAAUGUAAAUUAGCCGCACCUGUGUAUAAAUUAAAGGGUUCAAAGUUUGGUUAAAAGUAGUGGCUUAUAGUCCGGAAAAUCCGAAAAAUCGAUUUCAUUGUUAAAAGCAAUAGAAGCAUGCAGGAUCAGAGGGUGGUAAAUACUUCUGUUGGACGCUGCUGUAAAUACACAGUAUUUAAAUACAUAGGAAAAAAAAAAUCUACGUUUGAGUUGGUACUGUUAGAUGAGGCUCUAGUUUUUUUUUUUUUGUCAUUGUUUAUGUGUUUGAAUCAGUUAAGUGUUCAUUCUGCAGCCUCGUUUGGAUCUUAGAGGAUUUCCAUUGACGCAAAAGUGUUUGCUUGAAGAAAAAAAUAACAAUUUUUCUACUUUAAACAAAAAUGCGAUGUCUUAUUUAUAACAUUUUCUGCACAACUUUGACGAAGACAUGGAAGGAUUAGUGAGCAGAUGUUGAGGCUCCAUGUCACCGCCUGGUAUUCAACACAUCACUUUUAUUUCGGCUUCCAACAAAAGAGGACAUUUUGUUGCCCAAACAACACUCUUGGCAAAUAUUUCAGUAUUUAUUGGACUUACAGCAGUUGAAAUGACUGUUAAAAAAAACAAAAACAUGUUGAUCUUAUUGUUGCUUUAAAGCUGUAGUCCAUCGACUGUUUGAUGAAA